AUGCCGUCGCUUCCCACGCUCAAGUCAACGGACAGGCUCGUCAACAAGGCUGCUUAUGAGGCCUCCUCCAAGGAAGCCGCCAAGUGGCUUCCCCUCGUGCAGCAGAACCGCCAGGCUCCAACUCUCAACCUCAUCGACGAGAUGCCGGCGGCUUAUGAGGCCUCCUCAAAGGAGGCGGCCAAGUGGCUGCCACUAGUCCAGCAGAACCGGCAGGCUCCAACUCUCAACCUCAUUGACGAGAUGCCGGCCCUCCCCACGCUCAAGUCAACGGACAGGCUGGUCAACAAGUUCCGGCCACAGUCAGAGAUGGAAAAGGAGGUGGCUGCUGCGCUGGCGGCGGCGGGUGUUGGGGACGACAGGAAGAUAGCCCACGGGGAGGCACUUGCUCUCAACAAGUCAACGGACAGGCUCGUCAACAAGAUCCGGCCACAGUCGGAGAUGGAAAAGGAGGUGGCUGCUGCAGGGGUGCCUCCUCGCUCUCUCUUCACCCUCCUCUCACUCCCCACACUCAAGUCAACGGACGGGCUGGUCAACAAGUUCAGGCCACAGUCGGAGAUGGAGAGGCAGGUGGCUGCUGCUCUGGCCCCUGCAGGGGUGGGGGACGACAGGCGAAUCGCCCAUGGAGAGGCACUGGCUCUCAACAAUAUGUCAGUGGAAGAAGCGAGGGAGAGGAUGAACCGACUAGCCAAGAUGCGGUCGCUGCUGCUGCAGCACGAAGCCAAGGCGAAGCGAGUCAAGAAAAUCAAGUCCAAAACCUUCCACAAGAUGGAAAGGAAGGUGGAAGAGAGGAAGAGAAAGAAGGGGCUUGCAGCGGGAGGGGAAGGAGGCGGAGAGGAGGAGUGGGAGGAUAAGGAAGCAGCGAGAGAAGCUGCGAUAAAGCAGGAGUAUUUACGCGCUAAGGAGCGAAUGACCCUUCGGCAUAAGAACACUUCCAAGUGGGCGAAGAGGAUAAUAGAGAGGGGAAUGGCGGCUAAAUCGGCGGUUGGAGGGCAGGGGACGAGGGAGGCGAUAGCAGAGCAGCUGAGAACGCAUGCCUUGCUGACUAGAAAGAUUCAUUCGGCGACGAUUGGGAGAGGGGAGGAGGAUGAAGAGGAGGAGGAUGGGGAGGGGGAGGGGGAGUGGGGAGAGGAGGGGAGUGGGGAGGAGUCUGGGGGGAGUGAGGGGGAGGGAGGAGGGGAAGGAAGGGGAGGGGAGAAGGAGGGGAGGCGGCUGGUGGCGAGUGCUAAGGCGAGAAUCCUGAGGGCGUUGGAAGGGAAAGGGGGAGGGGGGGAUGGGGGGGAGGGAGGGGAGGGGGACGGGGCGACGAAGACUGGCCUCUUUGCGUUGCCGUUUAUGGCUAAAGCUAUUGAGAGGAGGAGAUUAGAGGCUCAGAAAGAGGCUAUAGAGGCGAUUAAAGACCUGGAGGAGGGGUUGGAAGGGAAGGGGUAUGGGAGCGGGGAGGAUGGGGCGGCCAUGGGGGGAAAGGGGGGAGGUGGAAGCGGGGGUGAUGGGUGGGGCGGGGGAGGAGGCUGGGGAGAGGAGGAGGAUGAGGGAGAGAGGGUGGGAGGAGGGAGGAGGGUGUUUGGGAAUUUGGGAGAGAGAGUAGUGGGAGGGGAGGGGCAGGAGGAGAGAGACGAGUGGGCGGCCGUGAGAGAGGGGGAAGGGGAGGAGGGAGAGGAGGAGGAGGGAGGGAGAGGCAACGGGGGAUGGGGAGAGGGUAGAAUGCUGAAAGAGGAACGGGAGGCAGCACGGCAGGUGAAGGCGAUGCUUGGCGCGGGAAAAGGGUUCUCCUUCACAGGGUUACCCGUUGCUGACGACUCUGCAUCAGCCCCUGUAGAUGUGUCUGUGCCGCCACCUGAAGGGGAUUUGGAGGCUUUGCUGCGCCACACAGGGGGUGGAGGGGAGAAGGGGGUGGGUAAAAAUGGGAUGAGGGUGGAGGGAGGGGAGGAGGAAGAGGAGGAUGAGGAAGGGAGAGAGGAGAGGAGGGCAGGCGGGGGUGAGGGGGGAGAGAGGGGGAAGGGGAGAGUCAGGGCGAAGGGAGGAGAAGGGGGGAAGAGGGGUGAUGGUUUUGGUAAUGGUGCUGUGGGUGUUAUGCAGGGUGACUCUAGCGAGAGUGAGAGGGAGGAUGGGGAGGAGGAUAUAGACGAUGGAGUGGCUUAUAACGAGGGGAUGCGUUUUGAGGGUAAGGCGGGUGCUUAUAUGGAGGAUGACGCAUGGGGAGAAGGUGCAGGGGAGAGGGUGGAGAGGGGGGCAGGAGUGGGAAUGGAGGAAGUGGAGGAGGAGGAGGAGGGGGGGAGGGGAGAAACAGGUGAUGACGUGGCAGCAGAGUUCGAGGCAGAGAAAGAGCGGGUGGUGGACAAGGAGGUGGGGAGAGAGGAGGGGCCGGUGACGCUGCCCGGGUGGGGGCAGUGGGAGGAGGUGCAGAGGCGCAAGGGGGCGCCGAAGUGGAUCGAGGAGGAGAGGGAGAAGGCGAAGAGGAGGCGGAUGGACGCGGUGAAACAGAGGGCGGAUUCGAAGCUGACGCAUGUGAUUGUAUCUGAGAAGGACAAUAAGAAGAUCGAGAAGUUUUUUGUGCCCGAGCUGCCUAACAUGUUCCGCAAUCGGGCAGAGUACGCACGCAGCAUCCGCAACCCCAUUGGCCGGGACUUCAACACGGAAGCAGCGUUCCGCUCCAUGACCCGCCCAGCUGUCAUGAAGCCAGUGGGGGUGGUCAUCCCACCCGUCAGAUACGUCAAGAAUGCACAGCCCGCUGAUGAGGAGCCAGCAAAGAAAAAGGCCAAGGGAGGGGAGAAGGGGAAGGGAGGGGAGAAGGGCAAGAGAGGAGAGAAGGGCAAGGGCAACCACUGCAAUAAGCAUGCGAGAGGAAAGGGUGGCGGUGGUGGUGGCGGUGGGAAUGGUGGUGGGAAGGGAAAGGGGGUGGCACGAGCGAACCAUGCUAAGGGCCAUGUGAAGCCUUCCAAAUAG